AUGGAUGAUAUUCUUUUAUCUGGUUACACAUUAAAAUUCAAAAAUAGACGUAAAAUAUCAAGAGUUAAAUCAGGUGGCAUUGUAAUCGGGUAUAGAGAAAAUCUGAAUAACUCUAUAGAAGUGAUUGAAACAAAUAGUAAAUUUGUUCUAUGGUGUAAAAUUUCAAAAUUUUUAAAUAAUGAGGAUAUAAUUUUUGGAGUAGUAUAUAUCCCACCAGAAUAUACAUCAUACUCCUCCCCUGAUGCAUUCAAUGAAAUUGAAAGUGAAUACUUAGAACUUUCUACAACAUUUGAACAUAUUUUUAUUAUUGGUGAUUUUAACGCACGUACCUCAAAUGAGAAAGAUUAUGUAUUUAUUGAUGAUAAAGAUAUUAGUAUUGAUUUGGAGUGUGUAUCUAUAAAUGAUGUAUGUAACUUAGAAUUGUAUAAUAUACCCAGAGAUCGUAUUAUUAUGGAUAAAGGGAAAACACGUUACGGUAAUGAUCUGCUUGACUUAUGUAAAUGUAACAACUUAUUCAUUAUGAAUGGUAGACUUGGAAAUGAUAAAACUGUGAAAUUUACCUGCAGAAAUGCUAGUGUUGUAGACUAUUGUUUGAGUAAUGUUAACAUUUUAGAAAAACUUAUUGAUUUUGAUGUACUAGAAUUUUCACACUUGUAUUCAGAUGUUCAUUGUCCAUUGUAUUUACGCUUAGAAAGCAACUCAUUGGUCACAGAUUGUAAUGAACAGGACAGUCCUAAUGUUCAGUCUAGAGAAAAGAUUAAUAAAUGGGAUCAUAAAAUGGUACCUGAAUUUAGAGCUAAUAUAAAUGUUGAUAGAUUAGACAGGUUGUUACGUAAUUUGAAAAGUGUGAAUUUAGAAAAAGUUGAUGAUAACAAUGUCAACGCAUUUGUAAAUGAAAUUGGAUUAGUUGUUUUAGAGUCUGCUAAGACAACGUUUGGAACACGAACUGAUAAACCAAAAAAGCGAGCCCCUAAAAAGAAGGGAGACAAGCCAUGGUUUAAUUAUGACUGCAAAUUUGCGAGGCAAAACUUCAGAAAGCUUAAGCGCAGGCUCAAAUUUUCACCUUCGCUUUUAUUAUACAACGAAGUAAAAGAUUCUGAGAGGAAAUAUAAAAAAGUGAUGGACAAAGCCAUAAAAACUCAUAGACGUGAUAUGGCUAAAAGAUUAAAAAACCUCAGAUCUCAAAAUUCAAAAGAGUAUUGGAAUAUUUUGAAUAAGCGGGAACACACGAAACAACCUGAAAUUAAUUUUGAUAAUUUACUUAAUUUUUUCAGAGAUCUUAAUUCAGGCACCCCCGAUCCUAUUGAUUUACCAAAUGUAGACCAAGAUGCUGUAGAUGAUUUAAAUGGUACACUUAAUGGUCCAAUUACAAAGAACGAGAUUAUGAAUUGUAUUAAGAAACUGAAAAGUAAUAAAGCCUGUGGCGACGAUAUGAUUAUAAAUGAUUAUAUUAAAUCGUUUAGUGAUUUUUUAAUUGAUGUAUAUGUUGAAUUGUUUAAUUUAGUUUUCAGAACUGGAAUUAUACCAGAAUCUUGGGUAAUUGGCACGAUCAAAACAUUUUAUAAGAAUAAGGGAAACAAAUUUGAUCCAAAAAACUAUAGACCAAUCACAAUUGUCAGUUGUGUUGGGAAAUUAUUCACUUCGAUUUUAUGUUAUAGAUAA